AUGGAACACAACUCGUCGGAUGACGAAGAGGACCACCGGAAUCUAAUCCCACAGAACGACAUCAGGAACAACGAUCUCAACCGCCGCCGUGAAGAUGAGAUUCGCUCCGUCACCACCGCCAGGGCCACCACAAAUAGGGCAAACGGCGGCGGAAGGAGCCCGAGAUCGGCGUUCCAGAUCGACGAAACCGUCUCACGAUCCCCAAACCGCUGGAAAAUCUCACCCAACAAGCUUUACGUCGUUGCUGCCGUCUCCCUAACACUGCUCAUCGUUUUCUUCUUCUUAUUCACUGAUACUCGUCGCCUUAAGCUCGAUUCACUGUCGAAUCGGGUCAAGGAAUCUGAGCUCCGCGCUCUGUAUCUCGUGAGGCAGCAACAGCUCGCCCUCGUCUCCCUCUUGAACCGUACCUUCAAUUCCUCGAAUGCAAUUGGCUCUUCUCUAGCGAAGCAGAUCUCACUGAGUAAAGAAAUCGAAGAUGUGCUCUUAUCACCUCACAAGACCGGGAACUACUCCGUCUCCGGUCCUGAUUCCGAUAUCAUCACUGGCUCUUACAACUUCGACAUAUGUAGAAAAGUAGAUCAGAAGUUGCUGGAGAGGAAGACGAUUGAGUGGAAGCCUAGAGCAGACAAAUUCCUCUUCGCCAUCUGUCUCUCAGGCCAAAUGAGCAACCACUUGAUCUGCUUAGAGAAACACAUGUUCUUCGCCGCGUUGCUGGAUCGAGUCCUGGUGAUCCCGAGCCCUAAGUUUGAUUACCAGUACGACAGAGUGAUAGAUAUAGACCGGAUCAACACUUGCUUGGGAAGAAACGUUGUCGUUUCGUUUGAUCAGUUCAAGGAGAAGGAUAAGAAGAAGAGCGAUGCUCGCAUUGAUAGGUUCAUCUGUUACUUCUCGUCGCCGCAGCCUUGUUAUGUGGACGACGAGCAUAUCAAGAAGCUGAAAGGGUUGGGGGUUUCUAUUGGCGGGAAGCUUGAGGCUCCUUGGAGUGAAGAUAUAAAGAAGCCGAGUAAACGGAGUUUUGGAGAGGUGAAGGAGAAGUUUGAGUGUGAUGAUGGUGUGAUCGCUAUAGGGGAUGUGUUUUAUGCUGAUAUGGAGCAAGAUUGGGUUAUGCAGCCUGGUGGACCUAUCAAGCAUAAUUGCAAGACGCUGAUCGAACCUAGUAGGCUCAUUUCCUUGACAGCUCAGCGGUUUAUUCAGACGUUCUUGGGAAAGAAUUUCGUGGCGCUUCAUCUCCGUAGACAUGGGUUCUUGAAGUUCUGCAAUGCAAAAUCGCCGAGUUGCUUUUAUCCGUUACCGCAAGCUGCAGAGUGCAUGACGCGGAUAGUGGAAAAGGCUAAUGCUCCAGUGAUCUAUCUUUCGACGGAUGCUGCAGAGAGUGAGACCGGGUUGCUUCAGUCACUAGUAAUCGUUGAUGGAAAAGUUGUUCCACUUGUCAAACGUCCACCUCGCAACUCAGCAGAGAAGUGGGACUCGUUGUUGUAUAGACAUGGGAUAGAGGAUGACUCUCAGGUGGAUGCUAUGUUGGAUAAGACAAUAUGUGCAAUGUCAAGUGUCUUUAUCGGAGCGUCGGGUUCUACUUUUACAGAGGAUAUCUUGCGGCUGAGGAAAGACUGGGGAACUUCGUCGACGUGCGAUGAGUAUCUCUGUCGUGGCGAAGAACCAAACUUCAUAGCAGAGGAUGAGUAA